UAUUCCUAUCGUCAUUAAUGAUUGCAACUUUUUACGCGAGUAAGACGUUAGCAGAGUGGUCAUUUGUAAAAUUUAAUAAUGGCGAAAGAAACAAUUAAAGCUGUACCACGUGGUAGAGGACGAAAAAAAAUAUCCGAUCCAAAUUUGUGGGAAAAGAAUAUUAAAAAAGAAAAGAGGUAUUCUGCGAAUAAACCACCGGUUUACCCGACUUGUAAUCACUCCACCAAAGCUACUUAUCGAUGUCAUUCACUAAAAAUGAUAGACGUGAAACAUUUUCGUGAAAGAUUCUACGAAGUUAAGAAAAAACAGGUACAAGAUGCAUUUAUUUUGAAAUAUAUUGAUAUAAGAAAGCCAAAACGUGACAGAGCUACAAAACCAACCUCAUCAAGAAAACAAAUUACAAUAAAUUAUUUUGUCAAAGUGUACAAUACUGAUAAGUUUCAUAUCCAGGUCUGUCAAAAAACUUUUUUAGACAUUUUACAUGUAACAAAGAGCAGAGUUCAAAGGGUUGCUAAUCGCUAUAUUAAAACUGGUAAAAUGCCUGUUGAAAAAAGAGGUGGCGCUAAAUUAAAGGAAUUAAAUAUAGGGAAAAAGAACUCUGUGAAGGCUUUUAUUGAAAGAUUAAAAGGUGUAGAAAGUCAUUACUGUAGAGGUAAAAGUAUGGGACAGUACCUUUCUUGUGAUCUUUCUAUUAAAAAAAUUAUGGACAUGUACAAUAAUACUGCGCCCAAUAAUUUAAAGGUAAAAAGAAGUUUCUUUAGAAACAUUUUCACACAAGAUUAUAAUAUUGGCUUUGGGUCACCAGUUACCGAUGCUUGCUCAAAAUGUAUCUCGCUAUCAGAGCAAAUAAAGACAACAAAAGAUGUUAAUCUAAAAAACCAACUUAUUAUUGUAAAAAGGGUACAUAAGUUGCGCAGUAAAACAUUUCAUGACUUUUUGAAGGAAGAGAAAGAUGGGAUGUUGACUUUCUCCUAUGACUGUCAAAAAAAAUGUAGUAAAUCCAAAAGUACCUGAUCAAGUAGCACAUUAUAGUAGGCAACUAUAUACUUAUAAUUUUUCUGUUGUAAAAGGGACGUCUUCUUCUCAAUUAAUAAAAACAAACGUAUUUUCGUUCACCUGGAUGGAGCACGACUACCAAAAAAGCUUAAAUGAAAUCACGUCUGUAGUAUUUUACUUGCUUUCAUUUAUUGAUAUGAACAACAUUAAGAAACUAAGACUUUGUGCAGACGGAUGCGGAGGACAAAAUAAAAAGUCAGUAAUGGUUGGCAUGCUGGUCUACUAUUUGAGUAAAAUUUCUUCAAUUUCUUUAAAAGAAAUUGAAUUAGUUUUUCCAGUCAGGGGUCACUCUUUAUUACCAUCCGACCGUGUGUUUGGCAGAAUAGGGAAAAAAUUAAGAAAGAUGCCUACUAUAACAAACCCAAACACUAUAUAGAACUCUUUGCAGAAAAAGCAACAGUUUUUAAAUUAGAAGAUUGUCAGGUAUGAGAUUGGCGAAAAACAGAAGAGUGUUUUAAAGGAGUGCAGUCGUGGCAUUUUAAAAUAUCUCAAUGUAAGAGAACAAGAAAGGAGAUGUAACAGUGCGAGGAGAGGAAUUCUAUAGAAGUGAUUUUGGCAAGUCUGCGAGUCUAUGGAAGAGUGGAAAAAACAGUUCCAACAUAAGUCUUUACAAUCUUCCAAAAGGAGUGCCCAUGAAACCUGCGAAAGUUAAAGAUAUUCAAACCUUAUUGAACUCUCAUUUUAAUGACCAGUGGAUGGACAAUUUUGAGUGUGAGUUUUUUAGAAAAUUAAUGGAAAGCUGUAUUACAUCGGAAGAAAUAAUGGAAAACUCUGAUACUAUCCAAGAGGAAGAAUAUGAUAACUUUUGCCAAUUAUCAGAGGAGCCUAAAUACCUUAAAAUUUCGUUUUUAAAAGCGUUUUUUUGUUAACAACCACUUUUUUUGUUUCUCAGUUGAUAAAUUAAAAUUUGUCAUACGAAAUAGAAUGUUUAAUUUAGUUUAAUACUGGCCUUUUGUUUUAUUUUAAGUUUCAAUAAACUAAAAAAAAAUAUGGGUGUAAUACUACAAGAUUUGUCUAAUUUGUUAUUCCGUAAUACGUCUAAUCCACAACGGUGUUCCA